AUGGUCAGCAUAUCUUCAGACUCUCGAUUGCAAGUAGCCCACCCAACCCAAAAAUGGCCUGCAGUGGCAGAACUGUCAACCGAUUCAGCAACAGAUGCAAGAACAACGUUGGAUUCAGACUCAGAUGGCGAGUCAGCUCCGCCUAAAUUCAAAUCGGCUUCCUCAAAAUCAAGACCAAAGAAAAAGAAACCACGCCAGCAGAUUGUUGUCUCCAAGAAAAACAAAGCCACCGUUUCCGUAGCUGCCAAACAAAAAGCAACUCUGACCAGUGAAGAUUAUCAGGCCCAUGAUUACAAUCAGGAUACAGAUGUGGGAUCAAUUGAAAUCCAACCACAAGGGAAGAAGAAUAGUAAGGAGGACGAAUAUGCAAAGAUUGAGGAUUAA